AUGCAUAACAUUCUUUUGUUGGCACUCUGUGCUGUCCCUGUGCUAACGGGAGCAGUGCAACAAAGCCCGAACCGCCAGGCACACAGAGCUGCAAGAGUGCUCCAGCGUGGAGAGGACUCCAAGAAGCAAUGUCACGUGCGUACAGUCACCUACUUGACAAGGUAUCAACCGGCAGUUACGGAGACUGCCACGGAUGAUUUCGCUCAUUACCCUGCCAUAACUGUGAACCCUCCCGAGAACGGAUAUGGCCAUGGAUCACCACCCCCAGGAAAGUCAGAGGGGCAUUAUGGAAGCUCUCAAACUGAAGCGCACGGCUAUCCCAUUGACCCUUAUCCCACUGAGGGGUCCGAAUAUCCGCAUGAUGGAGAGUAUCCUGUACACACUGGCAUUUACUCCAACAGUCCUUACCCUGACAAUGGCCAUUCCGCGAACCCUCCCUACAGCACCCAAAGCAAUGGUGGAAUUAGCACCGAGUAUAAUACCGAACCGUACCCUACUAGUGGUGGCAAUGUGUAUCCCACUAGUGGAAAUGGUGAAGGGCCUGGGGUUACCUCCACGGUCGAGGAGACUUUUCCUUCCUUGACGCAAACUGCGACGUUCACUACUUCCGUCCCCGUCACUUUCACUACUACACUCACUUUCACCACGGCCGUACCUACCACGAUCAUUAACAAUAGCACGGCAACUGUGACUUCAUUUUCCAUCUCCACGCUCACGAGUGUAUCAACAUUCACGACCGUCUCGUCGCUGACUCUGAGUGCUACUGUCACAUCGGUUGUCACAAACGAGCCUACCUUUACGACCACUGCCACGCCCCCUACUGAAACACUUUCUUCGACUGAGUCUGUGUCUGUCACCGAAACCCUUACCUCCAGCCAGUCUAGUGGAACCGAAUCACCGGGCACUGGAACGUCUUCGAGUGAUCAAUCAGCCUCAGCGACGUUUUCCAGCACAGAAAACGCCACCACUCAGCCACCAACAACCCUUGGGCCUAGCUCAACUCCGUCGUCAAGUGGAAGUUCAACCAGCACCGGAAGCCCUUUCUCCACAGGGACCGUCAGUCCUCUUGAGACGUUUCCCUUAUUUGGAUCAGAUACUGGGUUGGGAAAUGCCGCCGAUGGUUUCCAGUUGCAGCCUCAAUCCAGUGGUAGCAACAAUUCCCUAGCUAUCUUUAGCCCAUCGUCGUCUGUCUUUAGGUUCGGUAUCGACCCUCUCACCGGUGAGCUCCGGGCGUUUCCUCCGAACAGCAAUGGUGUUAGCGAUCUAAAGGUUUGUUGCACGUAUGCCUCGAAUGGAAGAGCUCUGGAUCCUGCUACUUGUUCUGUUUCAACCUGCAGUCUAGGAGGUGCUGUUACAGCACCACUGCAGUGCUCUUUGGUCACAAGUAGUCUUACACUGAGUUGCUCUCUCAGCGCUACCUCUAUUGGGGCUGUUUAUGGAGUCACACAAAUUAUUCCUCUUCUCGACGGGACCUUUCAACUUGGCGUGGGCCUCACCUUGGGUCUUGGAAACAGCCCAGUCGUCAUUGGUAGGAAUCCUCCGGCAACUGGGUCUACGACCAGCACUGCCCGUUCCACUUCUGUGCCUCCUACGAAUAUUGUGUCAUCGUCGGCACCGACAAUUUCGCCCACGACGACUACGCAAAGCUCUAUAUCAUCGCAGAGUACUAGCUCUCCCAGUUCUCCUGUCAACACUGCUACCGGCAGCAGCUCUAAUACCAAUACUGGUGUCUCCAGCAGUACGACUCAAGCCUCAACAUCUAGGACUACGUCCUCCACGAGCACUGGAACGACAACUACUGGUCCGCUACCCACGUUCCCCAUCUUUGCAGCAGACAGCGGCACUACUGCAGAUGGUCUCCAGCUGCAGCCUCAAUCCGGUAACAGCGGGCCUGCCAUUUUUGGUUCGGCCUCAACGGCUGUGACGUAUAGCCUGGAUCCGACCACCGGAGAAGUAAUUGCACAUGGUAGCAAUGGUGACCAGAAGAUUUGCUGUACUUAUGCGAACGGCGGCAGCCGACUUGAUCCGGCCACCUGCUCGAUAGGAACGUGCUCCUUGGGCGGUAGUACUGUUGCUCCUUUGGUUUGCAAUUCUGUUGUCAGUCCCUUGGGGGCAGCCCUCGCGUGUUCUUUAGACGCCACCUCAGUUGGUGCCGUUUAUGGAGCCCUCCAGGUUGUUCCACUUCCAGACGGCACCUAUCAGCUUGCUGUGGGUAGUACUGUUCAGUUGGGCAAUGCGCCAGUUGUAUUGAGUUUAGUCCCAGUCGGACCAUCGUCAUCAACAAGGCCUACUACGGCUCCUACAAGUAGUACUGUCCCUAGCUCGAGUAUCACAUCACCAUCGACCACCGUUGCCACAUCUCAGAGCACGGGUUCUGGUACUAGUACUUCAUCGGUUGCUCCUCUUCCGACGUUUCCCAUUUUUGCCGGAGACACUGGCAUCAGUGCCGCUGACGGAUUAUCACUUCAACCGCAAUCGAAUAAUGCCGGUGGAUCUUUGGCGAUAUUCGGUUCUGCAGCCGCGGCAGUAACAUAUAGUCUGGAUCCUGUCACAGGCCAGGUCAUUGUUUCUCCUGAUGUGAACGGCAACCGAGAUAUCUGCUGUACGUAUGCCAACAAUCUGGGCGCUAUCAACCCGGCGGCCUGCUCUAUAGCCACCUGUCGUCUCGGAGAUGCAGGCACUGCACCGCUACAAUGCAGCCCUGUAGCCGGAAGCACUGGCGUGUUGAGUUGUUUCUUGAAUGCUACCUCGAUCGGCGAGGUGUACCGAAUUCCCCAAAUCGCCGCUUUGGGGGAUGGUACUUAUCAACUUCAAAUUGGCGCAACCCUUGCUGUCAAUAACUCACCAGUCACUUUACUCACAGUCAGCCCCAUUCAGACGUCUACAAGUGGCCCAACGACUACCAACACCGGAGUUAGUAGUACUAGUGGUCCUACGACUACCAGCCGCGAACCUUCCUCUGCUACAUCUCAGGAGAGCAGCUCUCAGACUGGUACAGGAAGCCCGAGCACUACCGUGUCUACCAGCGGCCCGUCCUCGUCUGUUCCAUCACAGGGUGGCAGCUCCACUCGUGAGACUUCAACAUCUGAAGGCGCUAGCUCCAGCGGCAGCACCACUUCCCCCGUCGGUCCUCAACAGACAUUCCCCAUUUUCUCCGGCGACACUGGUAUAGGAGCUGAUGGGCUACAACUGCAGCCUCAGACUGGAGGUGCUGGAUCUCCGAUUAUCUUUGUUGAUCCGAAUUCGCCAGGCAGCUCUCCCACGUCGUUCACCUUGGAUCCUGCUACCGGGGAGCUCGGUGUCGCAACCGGAAGUGGUGGCACCCAGGACAUAUGCUGUACAUACGCUAAUAACGGGGUGCCGUUAGUUCCAGCAACGUGUACUGUAUCUACUUGCGUUCUCGGGGAUCCUUCGACUGCGCCUCUCCAAUGCACAGCCAGUGGCAAUCGUCUGGAUUGCUCUCUGAACGCAACCUCGAUUGGUGCUGAGUACACAACGCCCCAGAUCAUACCGCUCAGCAAUGGCACUUACCAACUGGCAAUUGGUCCAACUGUUGCCCCGGGGAAUGCACCCGUUAGUCUUACAACAAGCAGACCUACGACCACAUCGUCGGCGUCUAGCGUUCCCACUCAAAGUACUUCUGGUCUUACAACGGCUACCAGUACUACUGGGCAAGUCUCAUCAUCUGAAGCAACUUCGAACACGUCAGAGCGCUCUGAAAGCACAGGCACAACAGCUACCAGCAGCCCCGGUAGUGUGACUAUUACCGAACCCACUACGACUGCCCAAGCAAGCUCUACCGAAUCGCAACCUUCUACUGGAACUACAACAUCUACCAGUCCGUUGCAGACGUUCCCUCUAUUUGCUUCCGACACAACGCCGAACGCAGCCGGUAUUAAUGCCGAUGGCCUGCAGUUGCAACCGCAACUUGGUAGCUCUGCUCCCAACACCCCAGCGGUCUUCGGUUCGGGACCAUCAUCGGUUACGUACAGCUUGGAUCCUACUACUGGGGAGGUUUUGGUAGCAGGGGACGGUGACAACCACCAGCUCUGCUGUGCAUAUGUUGUUACCGGUACUCAAGUGAACCCAGCGGCGUGUUCAUUCUCGACAUGUAAUGCGAACGGUACAACUUCACCAGACGGUACCACUACGUUGCCGCUUCGAUGCUUGUCUGUAGCUAGCACCGGAGUACUGGCAGGAUGCUCGAUUGAUGCCACCUCGCCGGCUGGUACUCCAUAUGAAUCACUACAGAUCGCACCACUGGCCGAUGGAACCUUCCAGCUGGAGGUCGGUACCGCUCUUGCGCCUGGCAACGCACCAGUGACGCUGGCCAUUACAAAGCCUGUGUCUGGUUCAUCCACAAGCAGCACUACUGCUGCCACGUCUAGCCCCGUUGGCACUAGCAAUACAGCAGCCACGACUGGUGUCGUGACCAGCAGCUCGACCACUAAUAUUCUGCCUACUAGCAGUGAGGUCUCAACUACAACUCAAAGUUCUGAAUCUGGCAUCAGUUCCUCCUCUACUUCCGAAGGCUCGGGGAGUAUCACUGGUAGUAGCACCACUAGUAGCACCACAAGCACGCGAGCUCCGCUUCAAACAUUCCCUGUUUUUGCAUCUGGCUCUGGUACUCCUGUAGAUGGGCUCCAGCUCCAAGCUCAAGUUGCAGGAACCCUUGAUCUGGCGAUCUUCAGUUCACCAGACUCACCUACCGUCUUUGGCUUGGAUCCUAACACAGGAGAGCUGUUGGUCGGGCCAACUGGCGACCAGGCAGUCUGUUGCACCUAUGUCAUCGGAGGUGUCGCUCAGGAUCCCGCUCUCUGCUCUAUUUCAACUUGCUCGCUAGGCGGCACAAGUGUUGCACCACUGCAGUGCACCGGCCCAACUACGGACGGCGUGCUUAACUGCUUGCUGAACGCUACUUCGUUGGGGGUCACUUACCCGGUGGUACAGGUGGCUCCUCUCGCCAAUGGGACAUUCCAGCUUGAAGUAGGCACAGUUGCCGCAGGCGGAAACGCUGCAAUCGUACUGACCACGAUUCGACCAACCCCAACGACGAGCAGUUCUAUUGCAACUUCCAGUACAACUACUUCGGAGACCAACACGAGUUCUCGAAUUACUUCGGCUACGUCCAGUACCGUGGUUUCAAGCACUGUCUCAUCGACAUCUACAACUGCGUCCGCAGCACCAACGUUCCCCGUUUUCGCAGUUGAUAGUGGCACAAUUGCAGAUGGGCUCUCGUUGCAGCCUCAAACUAAUAACACCAACGGCGCGCCGGCCAUCUUCAACCCACUCUUGACGUCACCCUUACAAUACAGCAUAAACCCAACAACCGGAGGUCUUGUUGUGGUCUCCCCCAACAAUGGCAACCAGGAUGUAUGCUGCCAAUAUGCCAAUGCCGGCGUCACGUUGAAUCCAGCGCCUUGUUCUAUCUCGAUUUGCGAACUAGGGGCUGCUUCUGUCGCCCCCUUGCAAUGCAGUCUUCCAUCCAAUGCUGGUGCACUGAGUUGCUCCCUUGUUGCUGCGGCAAUUGGCCAAACGUACACGGACCUUCAAGUAAGCCCACUCGGUGAUGGUACUUAUCAAUUGGAAAUAGGUCUUGGAUUGGCCACUGGCAACUCUCCAGUCACCCUUAUCACUUUCGCACCAGCACCCACAACAAGCAGCUCCAUGUCCGGCGGUAUCAGCACAGGCUCUUCCUCCAGCACGACUGUCACUUCCAACACGGGUGCCACCUCUGAAACUGCUACUUUGACUACGCCAACCACUGCUGCUGGCUCUAGCACAAGCCUGACAUCUAACACUGCCACUGCCUCUGAGACGUCGAAUACGGCUACUUCUUCUGGCACCACUGGCUCUUCAGAAACAGCUACUCCUUCUAGCACGACUACAUCAUCAGAAACGGCAACUACUUCUAGCACGACUAGCUCAUCUGAGACUGCUGCUCCUUCCAGCAGUAGCUCAAGUACCAGCACGGAAUCGACUAGCACUACGACAACUACAACCGCAGGUCCAUUGCAGACAUUCCCAAUUUUCGCCGCUGACACGACGGGCUCGAUUGCAGUCGGCUUCCAGCUUCAGCCUCAAUCCGGUUCCGCCAUUAAUACUCCAGCUAUUUUCAGCUCGGCACCGUCUGAUGUUACCUUUGGCUUGGAUGCUACGGGUGAGGUCUUGGUUACCUCCAACGAUCCCGCCAACCAGCAAAUCUGCUGUACUUAUGUCAACGGCACGGGGGCCCUUAACCCGGCUCUGUGUUCCUUCUCAACCUGUGCUUUGGGAGGUGCUACUGUUGCACCAUUGCAAUGUAGUUCUAUAUCUGCGGCUGGUGUUCUAACGGGCUGCGCACUCCAAGCCACGUCGAUUGGAGCCACAUACACAAUCACUCAACUUGUGUCUCUAGGUGACGGGACAUUCCAACUUGCCAUUGGCGCAAAUUUGGCAGUUGGGGCUUCUCCAGUAACGCUGGUGAUAUCUCAACCAACUGUAACUCCAACCUCUACUGGAGUCUCCAGUACCGAGAGUACUACACCUAUCCUAUCGAGUACCUCGGGACCAUCCAUCACUACGACCGGUGAAACAUCUAGCACCAGUGUACCCGUGUCGACGAACACAUCAGGGGCUUCUACUACGACAAGUAGCGGCACAAGCAUCUCGGUCACUAGCACUAGCUCAGUAUCAACAAGUGUCUCUGAGGGGUCUACUUCUACGAGCACCAGCACAAGCCUCUCAACCACAAGUAGCGGUACAUCAGUCUCGACGAGCACGUCUGAGUCUACGAGCACCAGCACAAGCCCCUCAUCCACUAGCAUUUUGACCGUGUCUCCUACUACUGCAUCGAACUCCACCAGUAGUGUGGUAUCAAGCACGCAAACGUCAACUACGCUAUCUACAAGCUCUUUGACGAAUACUAGUGUCUCACUUCCGGAAAGUUUGACAGCAACAUUUGUGUCAGUGACAACCGGUUCCACGGUCAUUACAACAGAUAUAUCAUCUGUUGUUGUGUCAACCUCAAGCACCAUUAUCUCAGCGACCUCCACAUCUGUUUCCACAACUGUCAUACCCGACUCGACAGCAACGAGUACCGCUACCUCUGCUAUCGAAUCGACUUCCUCAACUGUCGUUGUUUCAACGUCAAGCAACAUUAUUACAGCUACCUCUACAUCUCUUUCUACAACUGUCGUGCCUGACUCGACAUCCACAAGCACUUCGAUAUCUUCAUUCGAGACGACUUUGUCAACUGUUGUAGUUUCAACCUCGAGCACCAUUAUCUCGGCGACGUCCACGUCCGUUAUUACAUCUGUUGGGUCUGACACAACAUUUACAAGUACUUCUCUGUCAACCUUCGUGACAACUUCAUCUGCUAUUGUCUCAUCAACGACAGACAUCGUCGUAACAGGCACUUCUACGUCCCUUGUCGCGUCUGUCCAGACGGGCUCAACAUCCACAAGUACUUCGUUGUCAGUCAUUGAAACUACUUCGUCCGCGGUAAUCUCCUCGACGUCAUCAGUCGUUGUUACACUCGAGUCUACGUCUCUUGUGACAUCUGUCCUACCAGGGUCUACGUCUACUAGCACCUCUUUAUCAGGCGUUGUGACAACUUCCUCAUCUGUUAUCACAUCCACAGCAGUGGUCGUUAGUACAACAACUAGUUCAUCUGUCAUCAGCUCAACAAGCACGGCGACGUUCGCUUGUGGUACAGAUGCUCCAGCAUACUAUAUUGUGGACCGAGCACUUGUUCGCGAGGACUUUGUUUUCAGUGCACUUGGAGUUGUCACUGCCGCGUUUACCUUUCCCAUUAAUCUCGCUGUCGGAGAUGGCAGUACUAUUGAUGCCCUGGGCUUUAAUGUGGCAGAUGGUUUCCUCUACGCCGCCAUGGGCUCAGCUCCGUCAAGUUUGAUCCGCAUCUCAACGAACGACGGCUCCUACACCAACCUAGGCUCUCUAGGACUAACAGCCACGGCCGUAGCCGGCGUGGUGGACGAAAACGCCCAGUAUUGGCUUACUGACGCGACGAAUACACGUUGGACGCAAGUCGACCUUCUGCCAGGUUCUGCAACCUUCGGUCAAGUUGUGGCAUCAGGUACAACGACCGCCCCAUCUGCUGUUGUCAAGGAUUGGGCGUAUGUUGUGGGUACUGUCGGUGGCAACAACCUCUACGGUAUAUCGACUUCGUCCAAUCUCUUCGGAAUUGUCACUACAACACUUCAGAGGUUCAACCGUGCGACUCACACCUGGACAGCUGCACAAACAUAUGUGGGAUUGGGCUUGUUGAACUACCAAUCGGUUUUCGCCGGCGUCAAUUCGGUAUAUGCAGCCGAUUCCAUCUCGGGCACAGUGUACAACUUUGCACUACCUGGCUCUGGACUUUCUCUCGUCGGCAUUCCGAUUGUAACUCUUGCUGGUGGGCCUACACUGGGUCUUGCUGAUGGAGCCCGAUGUGCACGGUCUUCCGGUAUAUAA